CCAGCCCAUCCAAGUCAUGUUGCGAACUUUAUCUUUCUCCGGUUGAUUGCUUAUCCGGAUAACAGGGAAUGAUUACACGUCUCAAGUGGCCAUCACUGAACCUCCGCAGUGUGUUGCAACAACGUGUCCACGAGGUGCUUUGCCGAUCCUGUGUAGAAGCCGAACGCGAGGCCGUCCAUGCCGGCCGUGGUGGCGCCAGUGGAAGAUGCACACCUGGAUGUUUGCACCCAGGAAGCCUUGGCGCUGCCUCGCGACGACUCCAUCCGGCCAAGUUCGACGACAAUUCCAGACCUGACAGCUUCAUCCCACGCUUGAGUAGGUCCUUUUGUCCACCACGAUGCCGGAGUGCCUACAACAUCGUCCAUCACGACCAAUGUUCCAGCUCGGGCCAUUCGCAUGCAGUUCCGAAGAUCAGCCGCUGCCACGUCGUACGUGUGUCCGCCAUCGAUAAAGAUGAAGUCGAACAGUGUCACACUCAGCUCAAAGGCAGCGGGGAUUGUUUCCGACGAGUCGCCUGGAACGAGCUUGUGACGGCCAGGAAAUACAGUGUCGAGCUCGUGAGGUGCACUGAUGGGUUGACAGACAGAAUGGUCAUUGCAGAAUGACCAGCGUUGAAACCAAUCUGCAUCGCGCGGCGGAUGGUGGAGGCGUCGGACACCAACGAUCGCAAUACUUGCUCCGACACUGGAAACAUCGAAGUGUGUCCUUCGACGCUGUUAUGUCCGCGGCAAACGAGGUAGGUCGAUAGGGCAUCCGUUGAAAUGAGUUGCUUGUGCACUUCUUCCACGAGCAAUGCACCACACCCGCGAACGUCCAACGUCUUGCAAAAGUUCGCAGCCUCGGCCUCUGGCGCAACAUUCCAAGACAGAAUGAACUCUCGGCUUUCGCCGUCUACAACGACAUCAAGGGUAAAGCGUUGUCUUCUCAUACAUUCUUCAUGCCCCUGGUCGUUGACUGCGUCGUGGAGUCCACCUCGGCACAGUCCCACCACCGCAAGUGCGAUCACCGCCCGCAUAUUUCGCGAUCUUUCAUGAAAUCCGGAUAACAGGUUGUAGCAUCCGGAGAAGUUGAGUAUGCGCCAUUUGACGGCAGAGGCUCAGACCGACAAAAGUUGCUGGCCGGUGGCAAUGAGUCUAAUCUCAAUCGAAUUACUGCCAUGAAAGCCACCGCAAUCGCAACUUCC